AUGUCCCAUUCCGCACCGCAACUUCCGCCAACUACGACAGCAGAGAACCCGAUCGCAGCGGUUGGACGGAGGGUGAAGUCGGCCUUGACCUCAAGUCAACAGCCCAGCAUUCGGAUCCAGCGCGCAAACGGAGAGCCCCUAGAUAAAGGCAAUGCGGAGGAAUCAGCUUCUCACAAUAAAGCCACGAGUAAAGAAAAAUCAUUCUUUGGUCGCUUCAAGUCGAUCUUCAGCGACGACGAUGGCCAUACCGAGGAAUCUGCCGCUUCGAGGAACGAAUAUGACAAUUCCAUGGUGGACAUGCUAGAUGUCAUUGACCCCGAAGUUGCAACACUGUCCACCCUGACCAAUGUCCAAAACUCCCUAUUCAUACCAUCCCUAGGCAAGAUUAUCAACCGGCGACCAGCCUAUCAAGUUUCAGAAAGCCCAGAGGAUGUUCGCACUAUGAGUAAGGUCAAGAGGAUCUCGAAGGAGCUGAGGAAUCCGCUUUCGCGUCAUAAGAGCUCCACAACUGCUCAGGCUAAACUCGAGUACGCUGUUCUGCCGAACGGCGAGAAGCUUACUGGAUGGUCAGAUGCCGAGAAGGAGGAAUUGGAUGACCUGGUCAGGCACCAGCUUCAUUCCAGAAGAGCCAAAAUAAAGCGCGGAUUGAAAGGCCUGGUACCCUCGCUACUCGGUCUCCCGACUAAUUAUCUUGUAGCUAUGGGACUUUUCAUCACGGUCUACGCUACACUCAUUACUCUUUUUGGCGCAGCCUGGGUGUUCUUCCUCAUCGGCUGGAUUUCUCUGGGUUCAAAGCAAAGCUACAUCGUAAACGUAGUUGACAACAUCUUGGUCGCGUUAUUCGCAAUCAUUGGAGACGGCCUAGCACCUUUCAGAGCAGUCGAUACCUACCAUAUGAUAUACAUCGCGCACUACCACCGCGUCUCCUGGAAGCUCCGCCAAGAACUCGGCCUCCCUGACCUGGUAGACCGCAACGACCUCCCUGAGCAGCGCGAAGAAGACGCUGCGCACACUCGGAUCGACAUUGAAAGCUUGGUGGCAAAGCGUAUGCCCCGCGGUAUUGCUCGAAAGGUCGCACCCAUGAUCCCAAAGAAGUACGCCGACAAGUACGUCGCUCACAGCAAAAGUAAACAACGGGACCCAGCCUUCGAAUACUCAGUGUUGACCGACGAGCAACAAACCAAACUAGAGUACCACGAGCGCAAAUUCUCCAAGAGCCACACCUUCUACAAGCCUCACGAAACAGAAACCCACUACGCAUUCCCCCUCAAAUUCCUGGUGGCGGUCGUACUGCUUCUAGAUCUGCAUUCCUGUCUCCAGAUAAGUCUCGGUGCUUGCACUUGGGGCAUAAAUUACAAAACCCGCCCCUUCGCCCUCACGACCGUCAUCCUCUGCUUCAGCAUCACCGCCAAUAUUACAGCCGGCAUCCUAAUCUCCAAAGGCGACAAACGCACCCGCAAGCAUGAAGUUAUAGAGCGCCUGAUGCGGCAAGAGCUUACCGCGGAAGCCAUCGAGGGAAUCACGAGACGGCAGCUUAAAGACGCAGAAGCUAGGGGAGAAAUCAGCCCGGAGGUGAGGAGGCGGAUGGAGGAGGAGAAGGAGGAGAAGGAGAAUGAGGAGAUCAAGAGGCACUGGAAGAACGUGCCGUUGUUGCCGAAGACGUUACUUGGGAAGGGGGUGGAUAAUCGACAGCCGGCCUUGCCGAUUGAGGAAAGGAGAAGCAGCUUGCAGGUCGAUAUCAAGGAAGAGAAUGGGAAGAGAAAGAAUACUAUUAAGAGGAAGAGUUUGCCGCCUAUUCAAGAAGAUGGGGGAAAGCAAUUGCCAGUCUACCCGCAACCAGCGGUGAAGAAGGUUGGAAAUGGGCAGGCCCGGGAGGGGCAAACGAAAGGCCAGAAGGUCAUGGAGUUCUUCAGGAAGGCAGACCUGGAUAGGAGUUGA